GCUCGCUCGCUCGCUCACGAGGCGGAGUUUCUCGAGUCGUGUGUCGCGAGCCGGUUGGUGGGGUCGGCGCUCCGGUCCACUCUUUUCUCGUGCAGAACCCAAUCACAUUGCCAAGGCGUCUCGUCUCGGACUACGCGCCUAAGAAGACAAAAAAGAGAAAAGUGUCUGCCGUGUGCGAGCGAGCAUGUGAAAUGUGAAGAUGUUCUCCUCUGGGAAAAAAGCCCCGAAGAAGUUGCUGUUGCUGUGGAUCUGCGGACUGCUUUGGGGCUCGCUCCCGGUCGAUCGAGCGUCGGCAGCGUCCUUUUAUGGCGAUGGCUUUGUACAGCUGAAGGCUACAGAAUCGUCCGACCAUAACAGGCUCCGCUUUCGCUUCCGAACUUCCAGUACCGACGGGCUGCUGUUUCUGGCCGCCGGCCAGAGCGUCUACUUUCUGCUGGAGCUCAACGCCGGUCGCCUGCAGCUGAAAGUCGACUUGGGAUCUGGGGAGCAACUACUGCGAUCCGAGAGAGGCGCGCAGCUCAAUGACCUGGCCUGGCAUUUUGUGGAGGUCGACCAUUCCAAGGGCAAUGUCACUCUGACAGUAAACAAGAACUCUCACACGAGCGCCAAGAUUCCCGGGCCCCGUCAUGUUCUCCACAUUUCCGACGGUAUCUACGUAGGAGGCUCCUUUGGCCUGGACAGAUUUUACCUCCCCAGAGACCUCGUGGGCUUUCGAGGCUGCGUGGAGGAUGCGGUCUUCAACCGACACGACUUGCUGUCGUCGCUGAGGCCGUAUACCGGAUUCAAGAUGGUCCACGAGGUGUCGCUGGGUUGCAGUCCCCAGUUUUUUGCCACGGAAGAGGACCCCGUUAGCUUCUUUAGCUCCAGGGCCUACGUUUCUCUCCCCCCCUGGUAUGGCCAGCAAGAAGCCGUCUUGGAGUGUGCUGCGCGUACUUCGGCCCGAGAUGGCCUACUCGCGUACAUCUCGGCCAAAGAGGGGGGCUUUGCGGCGCUGGAGCUCCGACAAGGCCGGCUCGCAGCCACGGUCGGCAAAGGCGGCAGCAAAACGGAGCUUCGUUCGCUUACUUUGAUCAAUGACGGGAAAUGGCACGCUAUCAAGAUGCGCUUGGAUUCUCAGACGCUCCAAUUAGCCGUUGAUGGGCAAAUGGUGAAAAGCAGUUUGGGCUCUCGCCCAAAGGGGCUGCACUUCAAAGGCUCCCUUUUCAUCGGCGGCGUCGACGCCGCCGCCAGAGCGGAAGUGCGAAAGGCCGACUUGACGUCCGUGUCAGGAAAAGCGAUGCGCGGAGGCUCCUUCAAAGGCUGCCUGAAGAAUAUCCAAGUGAACAGAGUCAAGACGGGGCUCGCUCACGCGCUCGUCACCAAGGAUAUCUCGGUCGGCUGCCAACCCGAGAAAGAACCGGCGCCGUCGACCGGUCCCACCGGUGCGCCGGAGUCGCUGUUCUUCUUGGUGACCCCGACGCCGACCCUCGCAAGAGGUUUGGACAGAAGGUACGGUGCUAAUUUUGUGCAGCUGAAGCCUCUGAUCGUCGACGAAGGCGGCCGAGCCUCUCUGGAAGCCAAGCACAUCAAAGUUCUGUUGGAUUUCAAGAUGCUCGGCAUUCGGCAGUCUCAAAUCGUAUUUGAAAUUCGAGAGCAGCCCACGCGCGGUCAGAUCAGGCUGGAUGUCGAUCAGGACCGAGCCGAGAAUACCUUCGGCAUGUUGGACCUUUGGCACCAACGGGUAAUGUACAUCCACGGAGGUUCCGAGGAUCCCGACGACUUCUUCUUGUUUUCGAUCGCUUCCAGCAGUCGCAAAGAAGUUCCCCGUUAUCUUGGAGCGGACCGAUUGUAUCGCUUCAACAUCACAGUCACAGCCACCAAUGACGCUCCAGAGUUGAGUCUCCCCGAAGGAAAUCUUUUUGUCUUGUUGGAAAACUCCAAGAAACGUCUGAGCGCGGAUGUUCUGAAAGCCACCGACGUCGACAGCGACGCCGCCCGUCUUGUUUUUAGCGUGCUGGGGAACCUGAAUGCAGACGCAGGCUAUUUGGAAAUUGAGAAGGACCCGGGAACGGCGGUGAGCUCAUUCACUCACUCGGACUUGCGAGAAUCGCGAGUGUAUUACGUUCACGUAGGUGUUCCAAACUCCAGGAUCGUGCUUCGGGUCAGCGACGGGGAGAAGGUCAGCAACACCGUCGUGCUGAGGGUGAUGGCUGUCCAACUUGAGUUUGAAAUUGCCAACAACACGGGUCUGAAUGUCAAUCAAGGAGAAACGGCUGCAAUCGGUUCGCCGCAACUGUCGGUAGAAACCAACGCCGUCGACCAAGCGGUCGACAUCCGAUACGAUGUCGUGGAAGGACCGCGGUACGGCGCGCUCCAGAGACUUCACUCCAGCGGCGAAUGGAGGCCCGCCGACUCCUUUUCCCAAAGGCUUUUGGAAAAAGGGCGCCUGAGGUAUGUCAGCACCUACCGCGAGAUUCAGACGUCCAACGCCAGCGAUUCUUUUAAAUGUCAAGUCGUCGUGGCCGCGAGGGCGAGCGCCGAAUUGCUUUUCCCCAUCACCGUCAAAUGGGUGGCGUACAACUUGGUCAGGAACCGAACGAUCCGCUUGGAUAAAGUCAGGAAAGUAACACUGAACUCUGAAUAUCUGUUUGCCGAAGCCACGGGCGUCGUCGUCUCUGAGGAGAAUCUUUAUUUUCGAGUUCUCACCACCCCAAAGAAAGGAAACCUGCUUCUCCGCACGACGGUCCUGACAAAGAACUCCACUUUUAGUCAAAGAAACGUCACGGAUCUUCAUGUCCACUAUCAACUCGUCGAGCGGCCUCACGAGGACACUCAUGACAGAUUCAAGUUCCACCUGUUCUCCAAGCACGCUCAGUCCCAGAACUACGAUUUUCAGUUUGCCAUCAAAGCAGACGUGAAUCAUGUUUUCAUCCAAAAUACCGGACUGGUUCUUCGGGAGGGCCAAAGUAAGCUGAUCACAAAAAAGGAGCUGUUUGCAGAAACGUUACUUACGCAGGAUAUGCACUACACGGUGAUAAGUGGUCCCAAACACGGAAGGCUGGCUCGUAUCACGCGCUCCAGCGACGACAGCAUCCUCACCUUCAGCAAUCGGGAUCUCUCGGACCGACGCGUGGUCUACGUUCACGACGACAGCGAAACGAGUCACGACGACUUCACCUUCGUCGUUUCCACCGCCCGAGGUUUCAAAUCGUUGGUUGCGGAUGAGGAAAUUGGCUCCGAAGAAGGAACGUUCAACAUAUCCGUUCAACUCGUCAACGAUCAGAAACCGCUGCGCCUCAUCGAUCGAGUUUUCCACGUGGUGAGAGAAGGACAGAGGCUGCUCACCCUCGACGAUUUACGUUACCACGAUCCCGAUUCGGAUUUUGACGACGGCCAGUUGAUUUAUAGCCGUCGCGGCAUUCCCGUGGGAGAGUUGGUGCUGGCCAACGACACCGCUCGUCCGCUGUUUGAGUUCCGACAAAAGGAUUUAGACGACAAGAAAGUCUUGUUCGUUCAUAAAGGCCCAAGCCUCGGCAGGUUUGUGCUCUUUGUCUCGGACGGCAAGAACUUUGUAUCCGGUCUUUUAGACGUCAGCGCGCAGGAGCCUUUCCUGAACGUUGUCAAUAACACCGGCCUGCUGGUACGGAAGGGACACUCGGCGACGUUGUCCACCGCUAAUUUCAGCACGGCGUCCAAUCUGGAUAUUCGCCAUGACGGAGAAGUGGCCUUGGAGUUGAACGCCGCGCCUCGGCACGGACGACUCUACCGAGAAGAAAUAGCGGCCGAGUCCUUCACGCUGUCGGACCUCAAGAGCGGAUUCAUCUCUUAUCGACACGACGAUAGCAAACAUCUGGCAGAUCAUUUCAACUUGACCGUAAGGGCGAAGGACGUCCGGCUGGCGGUGAGGAUCGACGUCAAGGUUUACCUGGAAAGUCAUCAGAGGCCGCCCAUUUUGCAGCAUCACAAACAUUUACUGGUCGAGGAGGGCGAAUCGGUCGAGAUUGACCAGACUGGACUCCAGGUCACGCACGAGGACAACGUGCCAUCUGAGAUCGUCUUCACCGUCAAGGCGGGUCCCCGCCACGGCUUCCUGCGACAUUCUGCCCAAGCGGACCCACGUCGCGUGGGAAGCCGGGACUCUCCUGUCCGGACGUUCACUCAAAAGGACGUCAACGGCGGAAAGGUCCAGUACGUGCAGGUGGAGCCCAAUAAAGUCAACGACACCUUUGUGCUGGAGGCCACCAAUGGCGUCAGCCGCGUCGCUGACAUUCGCAUGUGGGUGGAUAUCGUACCCCGCCUCAUCCCGCUUGGGGUCUCCAAUUUCACCGUGGAAGAGGGCGGCUACAAGGCCCUGAGCAAUCAGCAACUGCGAGUCGACAACGGACACUUUGCCGGAACCGACCUCUUGUUUCACCUGAGCGAGCCCCCGCGUCACGGCCACGUCGAGCACUCCCGCCAGCCCGGCGUGCCCCUGACGGCGUUCAGCAGGAGGCAGGUGGAGCAUGAAUUCAUCUACUACGUCCACGACGGCAGCGAAACCUCAGCGGACAAUUUCACGGUGGUCGCCAACGACACGGGCCAGAGGAAGCGGAGCGAGGCUCGCACGCUCUUCGUCCGAGUCACGGCCGUCAACGACGAGCCCCCCGUUAUCACCGCCAACAGGGUCCUCAGGGUUUGGGUGUCGUCAGUGACAGAGAUCAGCGUGGAGGACUUGAGGGCGCAGGACCUGGACACCCCCCCGGAGGAGCUCCGCUUCACGGUGACCCCAGCCAGCAACGGCCACCUGGCGCUAAAGAGUGCCCCCACCACAGCCGUGCUCAACUUCACUCAGGCCCACAUCGACCACGGACACUUGCUCUUUGUGCAUAAAGGCCCCAUGUCUGGUGGCUUGAACUUCCAAGUCAACGACGGCGUGCAUUUUACUCCCCGGCAGAUCUUUAGCAUCACCGCAAGAUCCUUGGUCCUCAGUUUGGCGCAGAAUCGCCCCCUAAAGGUCUUUCCAGGAUCUUGGAGGGCAAUUUCAAAUGCGGAAUUGCAAGUGGUAACCAACGACGUCAGCGAUACCUCCAAGCGCACCGUUACGUUCGACGUCAUCCGACAUCCCGCACUGGGGCGCCUGGUGAGGAAGCAGGCGGAUAAUUCCUCCGUUGACAUUUCCACCUUCACGCAAGAUAUGGUGGAUCGGAAAGAGGUCCUAUACGUCCAAAGCGCCAUCGAGUCGGUGGGUUGGGAAGCGGCGGACCGGCUGACUUUCUCUGUGAGCUCACCGCCUUCGUCUCUGGAGAAUGUGACCUUCGAGAUCCAUAUCUCCUAUGAGAACCGACGACCCGAUGGCAACACGGUCCUUCUGGCCAACACGGGUGCUGAAGUCACAGAAGGAGGGAGCGUCAUGAUUGACAAGUCCAAGCUGGACGCCACCAACCUGAUGUCCAAGCUGCCGACGCCCGAGCGAAGCGCCCACCAAGUCUGGUUCCAGGUGACCUCGUUGCCGCAGCACGGCGUGCUGGUGGUGGGCGAGAGAAACCUCACCAAAGAGAAACCCAACUUCUCUCAAUUCAUCAUCGACAAAUACGGCAUCACGUACGCGCACGACAACUCCGAGAGCAGGCGCGAUGCCUUCGCCUUCAGCGCCUGGGUCAACCCCAAAGGCAAAGCGGCUCAAAGGCCUUUCGAUGACACCGACGUGGUCGAGGAGUCGUUCCGCAUUACCGUCUCUGCCGUCAACGACCAGCCACCCGUGUUGAAGACUCGAGCGCCCGGUCUGACGCUGGUGCAAGGAGACACGGUCGCCAUUAAGCCGGAGAACCUCAACGUUGAAGAUUUGGACAACCCCCCCGAUGAGAUUGCCUUCUCUGUGAUUAGCAAGCCCAAUAACGGAUACCUGGCUCUUGGCGGAAGAUUAAACCGAUCGAUCGAAACCUUCACCCAAGCCCAGAUCAAUGACGGACGUGUUCAUUUUGUCCAUGACGGGAGCCCCGCUUCAGGGGUGUUUUACUUCAGCGUGACGGACGGCCACCAUAAGCCCAUUUACAAACUCUUCAACCUGGACGUGACAAACAUCACCAUCUCUCUGGUCAACCAUACGGGCUUGACACUCCAGCAAGGUGGCGCUGUGGUUUUUCUCAACGGAGACAACCUCGGCGCCAAGACCAACGGCAGGAACGCCACCGUUCGCUACCGGGUUUCCAGACCGCCAAAGUUUGGCAAACUUCUACUGGACACCCGGGAGGUGUCCGACUUUGAUCAGGAAGACGUGCAGGCGGGACGGCUGGCUUACCGCAUGAGCGAUCUUUCGUCCGCCCAAGAUAGCUUCGAGUUCACAGCCUUCACCUCGGAGGCCAAUCUGAGCGCGCAAGUGCUAAACGUCACCGUGGCUCCUCUGAUCCGGGUUGGCCAAAGUGUGAAGGCUCCCAGCGGGAGUGUCCUCAAACUGAGCCCGGCCUACCUGGAUGCUUCCGAACUGGCUGAAAUGUGUAGCUGCGACCCGGUCUUUGAAAUCGUCUCACACCCCAAUCACGGGAAAGUGGUUCGGCCAAAGCCGCAAACGUGGCGGCAAUCGGAAGCGCUGGAGUCUUUCACCUUCCGGGAUGUUACGCAAGAGAAAGUAGCCUUGGAAGUCAACGCCAACAUGAGCGGCGCAGUUCAACAAUUCAACGACUCUGUGGGCUUCUUACUAAAAGCCGAUAACGUCCAACCCGCCAAAGGGGACUUCCAUUUCACCGUCGUGCCAUCGGACGCUCCGACCACCAAAGAUCCCGCUGCUGUGACAUCUCAUUCUCAGACAACAAUCCAGACUCCGAGAAAGGCGGCGACUUCCACAGCUGUCGUCGACACCCGGCAGUCGAGCGAAAACCAACACGAGUUCAAAGGACGCCAGCGCUGGGGGAAGGGAACCAGCAUUUUCGGGACGACUCCGGGGAAGCCGACCACAGGAACGGAUCGUUUUCCAUCCUUCAUGAACACGUCCUACCCGCAAAAAAGCUCCGGUCCUCUUCUGGUCGUCUUGCCUCUGCUCGCUCUGCUUCUGCUGGUGAUCAUUUUGGUGGUGCUGGUUGUUUUUCUUCGACACCACCACCACCGACGACGGAAGCGCAGGACCGACGCGCCAAAGGAGCCGCCGCCGGGCCCGUCAUACCAGAGCCAGAGGAGCGCCGCCGUCCCUACGGUCACCGUCACCCCAUUAAGCCCCGCCGGCACGGGUAGCCCCGCUCUCAGUCACCUCCUGGUACGGAACCAGCGGCGGUACAAUCGUGACACGGUUGAGGCCAACGUUCUUGUAAGCUCUUGGAGUCGUGAUUCUUCCACCGCGUUGUCGCAAACGAUCCGGACUGCCACUCCUUCGCUUCAGAGGAAUCAGUAUUGGGUUUGACUUGUUGUCAUGGGGAAAUGAAUCUUCAAGCGCAGCAAAGGGAUUUAGACCAACAGUUUUUUCUUUUUUUUUCUUUUUUAUUAACAGAGAUCGCUCAAGACCUUUUGUCCAUAUUAAGUCAAGGUAGCGACACUGAUUUUGAUUCAACUCUGUAAGAUUCUGUUCAAAAGAUCAUACGGAAACUUUUCAGAUAGAUCUAGCUAAAAAUGGCCGUCAUGUAUCUCACAUUAAGAUGGGACGAGAAGACGUAACCAUUGUGCCAUCAAAGAGGUGCCGUCACAGAAAACCCAUCUAAUUGGGUCAAGUCCAUCCUGCUACCGCCACCGCAACUGUGAAGACCACCAGAGGGUGCUGUUGCUAAACGUUACAUACGGAGUGACACCACUGUCAUGACUGAUGUAAAUUAAAAAAAAAAAAAAAGAAAAACUGUCAAAUCAUUCAACGCAGGAUACAAGUUUUGAUGACUGGACAAUGGAAAUUUCUGCCAUUGAUACUGCCCAAGAUUUCACCACAUGCUUUUCUCAAUAGAUUACUGAUUAGAUUUUUUCCCCCUAAACUCAGGUUUAUAUAUUUUAUUCAUUUGUUUAUUUGUAUGUGUUGCAAGUUGGCUGCUCUGGAAUGCAAUGUUUGUAAGUCCAAUCACUGAUUAAAAACGGUUUAUUUCAAUGAAUACAUAUAUUUUAUUGCCUAAUGUUAAUACUACGAGCAUGCGUAAACAACAAAUGCUGUUUUUAAAGUUAACACUGUAUAAUGCUCGUUUUUUGUGAUAAGAAUGCUACGUUAACAUUUGUUGCCAUCACUUAAGCAGGGGAAAAAAAGGACUGAAAUCUUUCUUUGUAUUUAUGAUAUGGAAUGUU